AUGUUAACUAGCAUUCCCACGAACAUCAUACGCCUGAAGGAUGGAGUAUUCCCUGAAAUUUGGAAGGAUGCUUUCAUGUUUCCUGUCUUCAAAAACGGUGGUAAGCGAAACACCAGAAGUUUGUCGACUGCGUCCAAGCUAUUUGAGAUCAUCGUCAGUGAAGUUAUUCUUACUCAAUCCAAGAGUUACAUCUCUACCGAUCAGCACGGUUUCAUGCCCGGCUGGUUGAUCACCACGAAUCUGUUGAACUCCACCAACACCUGUAUUACUGCUAUGGCUCAAGUCAAUGUGAUCUAUACCCAUCUGAAGGCGGCUUUCGAUAAGAUCGAACACUACAUACUUUUGGCUAAACUGUCACGUCUCGGAUCAUCUGGAAAACUCGUGUCGUGGAUGAGAUCAUAUCUGACGGGAAGAAAACUGCGCGUUAAAAUUCACGGCUGCGUUUCCUCGUGCAAUUCGUAUGCAAUUCGUGCAAUUCGUAUGGAGUGCCUCAAGGAAGUAACUUAG